AACACCCCAAGUCCCAUUCCAUUCGCUGGUGAGGAGAAGAAAGCGACGAGGUUACUUCUCUAUCAGUGUUUCACCGUCUUUAUGUUCUUCUUGGUAAUGUGGCCCCUCAUGACAGGAAGAAUCUCGCGCCUCUGUGUGCUGCUGCCACCUGCACUAUAUAUUCCUGUGUUUUGAGACUCGCCUCUUCUCAUCAUCCCACUUCCUCUUUUCGUUCCUGUGAAGAGAGGAGAAGGAUGGGGAACUGCCAAGCACCGGAGGCGGUGGUGAUUCAGCACCCGGGAGGGAGGGAGGAGCAGCUUUACUGGCCGAUGAGCGCCGCGGACGUGAUGAAGAGCAACCCGGGCUACCACGUGGCCCUCGUCACGCUCUGCGUCUCCGAGGAGCGCGGGGACGGCGGCGGCGGCGGCGGCGUCGUCCGGUUGACGCGCGUGAGGCUGCUUAAGCCCAAGGACGUGCUCUUGCUCGGCCAAGUGUAUCGGCUGGUCACCUCCCAAGAGGUCACCAUGGCUCUGAGGGCGAGGAAGCAGGAGAAGCUUAACAAGUGCCAGCAGCACAGAACAAACGAUCAGGUGGCGAAGCAGGAGACGGAUCGGCAAAGAAGCGGCACGCAGAUGGCAGCGAGGCCCCGACAGUGGCGUCCUUCUCUGCAGAGCAUCGCAGAAGCUGCGAGCUGAGCUGUGCUAACGACGAGAAAGAGAAAGGUUUAUGUGGUUCUGGAUUCAUGCAAGAUGGAGAAUUGAGGUGUCAUUGUCAGAGAGACAAGAGUGAGACUGUGUGUGUGUCCUUGUAAAGAUUGAUCAGCAAAGUUCAGAAACAUGAAACUCUAAUC